GCAUAAAACUUAACAAAGAACUUGCAAAUGCCAAAAAGGGGAUUUAUACAUUUAGAAUUCAAGAAUCUGUCUCAACUAAAGAUAAGAGCAAAGAAAGAGUGUAUAUACCUGAUAAAGAAGAAAAUAAAGUUAAUCCUAUUACUCUUGAUGAUGAAAAUAAUAAUGAGAAAAUUAAACCUGUAAAUAAUAAUGAUGAGGAAAUUGAACCUAUAGAUGAUGAAAAAUUGGAAAAUCAUUCAAAUAAAAAGAAAAAAAAAUGGGUGACAAUUAGAGAAUUUGCAGCAUCUGAAUGCAAAUUAGAAAUUCAAAUAAAACAAAAAACUUUUAAUAAAGAAAUAGAUGAAAUAGUAUUUUUUGUUGAUGGUCCUGGAGGUUAUAGAAAGAUCUUUUUAUUCAAUAUGAUUUUGGUAAAAAUAAUAGCAAAUAAUCAAACAGCCAUUGCAGCUCCUUCAUCAGGAAUUGCAGCUUUAUUGUUAGAUAGUGAAAGAACAGCCUAUUCAAGAUUCAAGAUUCUCAUCAAAUUAACAGAAAUAUCUACUUUAGAUAUAGUAUUACAUCUGAAUUAG